UGUUGUAGAGAAUGAGCAACAGGCUGUGUCCCCUACUGAGAGUACCACAGCGAUCGGUGUUAAACCUGUAUUUUCUCGGCCAACAUUUGUAGUGUGAAGCCUCUGGAUUUAGGGUUUUAUCAUUUUUGUUUAACUGGAGUUAGAUAGCAGAAUAUAACUGCAUAUACGUUGUAGUUUUGUUUUUUUACAAUAACCAGAUUUGUUCCAGGCCGUGGCAUGGAUGAGGUACGGCCUACCAGUGGUGCUCAAGCCCACGGACUGGUGCCGCUGUUUCCUCCUGGGCUGCAGGCUAUCUACGGGGAAUGCCGGCGUCUUUACCCCGAGCAGGCCAACCCGCUCCAAGUUACAGCCAUUGUAAAAUAUUGGUUAGGGGGACCUGACCCGUUAGACUACAUCAGUAUGUAUAGGAGUACGGGCUGUCCAGCUCAGGACAUCCAGGAGCAUUGGCACUAUGUCAGCUUUGGACUAAGUGACCUGUAUGGGGAUAAUAGGGUUCAUGAAUUCACAGGGGCAGAUGGGCCCAGUGGGUUUGGUUUUGAGCUCACCUUUAGACUCAAAAGAGAGACUGGAGAGACUGCACCACCAACCUGGCCAGCUGAACUUAUGCAAGGCUUGGCUCGCUAUGUGUUCCAGUCAGAAAACACAUUUUGUAGUGGCGACCAUAUAUCGUGGCACAGUCCGCUAGACAACAGUGAAUCUCGUAUCCAGCAUAUGUUGCUUACAGAGGACCCACAGAUGCAACCAGUUCAAACACCAUUUGGCUCAUUGAGCUUUCUCCAGAUUGUGGGUGUUUGUACAGAGGAGCUACAGGCGGCCCAACAGUGGAAUGGCCAAGGCAUCCUCGAGUUGAUGCGUGGAGUCAGAGUAGCUGGUGGCCCCUGGCUAAUCACAGACAUGAGGAGAGGGGAGACCAUUUUUGACAUUGAUCCACACCUACAACAGGAGAGAGUGGACCAGGGUAUUGAGGCAGAGGGCUCCAACCUGAGUGGGGUCAGCGCCAAGUGUGUGUGGGACGAUCUGAGUCGACCGCCAGAGGAUGAGGAGGACAGCCGAUCCAUCUGCAUAGGAUCCCAGCCACGGAGGCUCUCAGACAAAGACACAGAGCAAAUAAGGGAGACACUGAGAAAAGGACUGGAAUUUAACAGCAAGGCAGCACUACCACCCAUCAGCAGCCAGAGACAGAGCCACGACAGACCUCAGAGUCGGAAGGACAGUCUGGAGAGUGAGAGUUCAGCAGCUAUUGUUCCUCAUGAGUUGGUCCGAACACGCCAGUUAGAGAGCGUCCAUCUGAAAUUCAACCAAGAGUCGGGCACACUGCUGCCCCUCUGCCUGCGGGGCCGGUUGCUCCAUGGGAGACACUUCACUUACAAAAGUAUCAAUGGAGACACAGCCAUUACAUUUGUGUCUACGGGAGUUGAAGGAGCUUUUGCUACAGAAGAGCAUCCAUAUGCAGCCCAUGGCCCCUGGCUUCAGAUAUUGUUGACUGAGGAGUUUGUGGAGCAAAUGCUUGGGGAUUUACAGGAACUUAACACUCGUGAGGAGACAAAGUUACCAAAGGAGUACAGUUGGCCAGAAAAGAAGCUGAAGAUCUCUGUCCUACCAGACUCCGUCUUUGAUAACCCACUGCAAUGAGACAGAGACACUUAAUCACCGGCAGACUCCACCAAAAACCCCUGCAAACACACACACACACACACACACACACACUGUCAGAGUGGACCAUCAUGAACAGGAGACCUCUCAGAACAUGCAGCGAACCUGAGAUGUCAGGGCACACAGAUAUGUUGUUCCCACACUGGAUGGCCAAUUUCACUUCUGAAAAUUAUGUAAACAGUGACUAUUACUGCAUUCUCGGACAACAUUUCUCUGAGGCCUGAAUGGUUUCGAAUGUCCAACUAGCCUGUCCAGAUGGUUGACCCGUAAAACAAUAAUUAUAGGUGACACACUAGCUGUAAGACAAAACAGGAUGUUGUCACUCCUCCAGUAAGGCCUGCCAAGGUCUAAGGUCCAAAAUAUACGUCACUAAUACAGUUGAGAAUGCAUCCUGUGAUCACCAGACAGUGUCCCAAACAAUAACUGUUGCUGUUUGCAAAAACAGUUUUUAUUUAUUCCACUGGCCUUAGAAAGGACGGAAAAGUCAUAUGUUAAACAAUUUGAUCAGUGUUUCUUUCAAUUGAGCUCAUGUGUAUAGUAUAUGUACAAAUGCUGGUCAUUUUUCCCUUAUGUGUUUGUAGUCAUACCAAAGUUUUAAUUGUUGGCAGUUUGUUGCCAAUACUGUCUGUGUGUCAUGAUUCUGUAAUAUUGACAUGACAGGCUGAACUAUGAUAAACUGAUAUUCACUGCCUGUUUGUCUGGGAUAAUCAACUAGCAGCGGACCUGUUUUCCUAGGUAUCUGGCAAAUGCAGCACGCAUAACUACCUAUUUUCCCCUUAGCCAAGAACAAUACACUCCUGUAUUGAGUUUUUUGUUUUCUUCACGCAUCAUGAUGUGUAUUUUAAAGUUAUGAAAUGCAUCAAAAACUGGGGAUCUGUGGUCAGUGUCCUCAAUUGUUUUCUCCAGUAGCCACAUACAUAUGAACUUGGUUUUGUUCAGCAGUAGGACCUGCCUGAAAAUGAGUUGGAUUAAAGUUCCUCAGUGCAAAAGGACCCCAUCAUCUUUGGUGACUCUUGGCUACAGCUCCUAGAUUGUUAGAAGUGAAUCUGACCUUCGAGGCUGCUGCGUUCAGUCUUUUUCUGAUACUGUCUUUGCAUUCCAUUUUAAAUCAAAAACAAAGAAAAGACUACUUUUACUACAGUUUCUAACAAAUGUACUCCUAUACAACAUGUGAUGGCUUAUUUUUGUUUGUAUUUUUCUAUUAAGAGUGACACAUAUAAGGUUUAGACAUUGUUAUUAUAUUUUGUAAUUACUUUUGUUAUGAAUGAACUGCCUGAUUGUAAUCCCAAGUGCAUUAAAGCGUGUAGGUAUUUACACAAAUAAAGAUGGAACACUAAUGCACGAAUA